CCACCCUUAUAUAUCUCCAUCACACCAACUCCAACAGGAACAACUAAACCCCCUUCCUAAUUAUCAAAAGUGUCCAAAUAUUAUCUCCUUUAAAGCCCUGAGAGAGAGACUCAACAUCUAUUGUAUUAUCAUGGCUAGAGUUCAUUCAUCAUCAACAUUGGCCGAGACGGUCUCAUGGUAUUGUUCGUUGUUCUUAGUGAUAAUGUUGGUUUUGAGUUGUUGUGAGUCACUUGAUACUGAAAAUCAAAGAGUGGUGAAACAUGUUCAAACAUUUCACGCUGGCAGUAAGCCGUGUGAUGAGAUUUACGUCGUUCGUGAAGGAGAGACAUUGCAUACAAUUAGUGAAAAGUGUGGUGACCCUUAUAUCGUUGAAGAAAACCCGCAUAUUCAUGAUCCAGAUGAUGUGUUUCCUGGCCUUGUCAUCAAGAUUACCCCUUUCAUUAACAGGUUGUAGUUGUAACGAAGAGCUGGGAAGAAGAUAUCAAGUGUUGAUCAAAUCAGUGAAGGAGAAAGGCACAUGACCUGACUCUAAGAGUCCAAUUAAUUAGUACUAAAAGUUACCAUAGUGCUACACAGUUCACACUAAGAAAGGGACAGGAGGCAGCUUAAGGAUUAUAAUUGAUAAAUCUAUUGAUGAUUUUUACUGAAUUAGGAUUCUGUGUUAGCACUUGGUAAGAUGGCAAUAAACUGUAGUUUUCUUGCAAAUAAAUCUACAAUGAA